CCGCCGGAUUACCCGGCGUGCCCCGCGGCGGCGGCAAGAUGGCGGCCUGAGGCGAACGCGCGGCUCUCAGCCGAGGAGGCUUGAGGGGGCGGUUAAAGUUUGACGAGAGCUGUUUUCUCUUUUUCUUCCCAAAUGCCUGGGCGUUGGCCUCGGCUGAGGGAGCAGAAAAGAGGCCCAUCUUAAAGCCGCCCUCCUCCUCCUCGUACUGCGAUACAUAACUAGAAGGCUUUGAAGGGCGGCCUUUUCCCGCCUCGCGAGGGCUCCUUCUCCUUCGCUGUAGCGAUUCCCUCACUCCUUGUGGUGGUAGAGGCGGCAAAAUAAGCUUCUUACCCCGCCCAGGAGCGGCCAAAGGAGGAGGGGAAAGGGGCGGAUCUCGCACCAGGCUCCGCCGGCUCCGGAGAGGAGGCGAAGGGUUCGCUGCCGUUUGAAGCCGCGAGAAAAGAUCAUUGGACUGAAUACUGUCUUCAAGAGGUUUCAAAUUUUAAUCCAGGCUGGUAGCCUGCUGUGAAGGUAAAGUGAGAGGGACGAUGAUGAGUGCGGUACCUUCCAAGAAACCCUACCGUAAGGCUCCUCCACAACACCGUGAGAUCCACCAUGAGCUGCCCAUCCUACAUGAUGACCAAGAUGGUGUGAUUUUGGCAGAGCAGAGUCAGGAACCCCUGACAGAUGCAGAAAGAAUGAAGUUGCUGCAACAUGAAAAUGAGGAACUGCGUCGCCGUUUAGCCUAUGUCACCAACAAAAUGGAGGCAAUGGAGAGGGAGUUAGAGUCUGGACAAGACUAUCUGGAGAUGGAGUUGAGUCAGAAUCGUGAGGAACUAGAGAAAUUCAAGGACAAAUUCCGUAGGUUGCAGAACAGUUACACAGCCUCACAAAGAACCAAUCAGGAUUUGGAGGAGAAGCUGCAUGCCCUGGCCUCUCUCAGUCAAAGCUGGAUUUUUGCAAUUAAGAAAGCUGAAAUGGAUCGGAAAACCCUUGAUUGGGAGAUUGUGGAGCUGACAAAUAAGCUCCUGGAUGCUAAAACUACCAUCAAUAAACUGGAAGAGCUCAAUGAGAGAUAUCGGCAGGACUGUAACCUAGCAGUUCAGCUCUUGAAGUGCAACAAAUCUCAUUUUCGAAACCACAAAUUUGCUGAUCUUCCCUAUGAACUUCAAGACAUGGUCAACAAGCACCUCCAUAGCACUCAGGAGACUUCAGGACCUGGGCAGGAGGUUCCACACACCUUGGCCCCAAAUGAUGUUGUGCCUACUUCCGUUAUUGCUAGAGUCCUAGAAAAGCCAGAGUCACUGGUGCUCAACUCAGCUAAGUCCAGUAGUGGCAGUUGCCCUAUGGCUGAGGAUGUCUUUGUGCAUGUAGAUAUGAGUGGAGCACUGCCUGAUGCUUGCCCAAGCCCAGGACAGCCUGGAAACGAAGUAUCAGGAGGAACAAGGCAGCAAAAUGGGAACUGCAAGUCACAGGCCUGUUUAGAGAGUGAUGUCCCCACUUUUGAAAAAUUGAGUCCAUAUCCUACUCCACCCCCUCCCCAUCCCAUGUAUCCUGGCCGCAAGGUGAUUGAAUUCUCAGAGGACAAGGUAAGGAUCCCAAAGAACAGCCCUCUGCCAAACUGUACUUACGCCACACGCCAAGCGAUCUCCUUGAGCUUGGUUCAGGGGGAGGACGAAAGCUGCGAGAGGCAACGCACCCUUCCCAGUAGUCCCGCUUCAGAAGGGCAACGCUCAGCAUCCAGUUGCUCUUACCAGCCAUCCCCCAAGGCGAACCGAGCCCCUGGCUCUUCACAAAGCAGCCCCUUCAGCAGCCCUCCACAGGUUCCUAGCACAUUUGCUAGCUCUGCCAGCUCUGAGGAGGAUUUGCUAGCUAACUGGCAGCGGAUGUUUGUAGAAAAGGCUCCCCCAACCACAGAGCGGGUGUUGGUGAAUCGUACAUCGUUUAGCCGUGACACUGCCCAAGAGCUGCAGAAACGUUUCAGCCGCUCAAUGCAGGAGCUGGGCCGUGCAGCCUCUGCCUACUCGGAUGGGGAAGAGUCAGUGCAGAGCUGUAGCUGGACGGUGAGCAGAGACUCAAGUGUGGACACAGACAGCACAGAAUCCCGAGCCCGACAGAGUCACCUUUCUUCUGACUAUGGCACAGACUUCUCCCAGGAGGAAGCCCGCAAGUUGCUGCAGGAGGCUGGCAGCGAGGGGCUAGCAGAUCCAGCCAUAUCUUCCCCAGGGAAGCAUAAAGACUACGUGGACCUAGACUCACCAGGGAGUCCAUCCGAGGAACAGGGAAUGCUAUUGCAGGGAAGUAAGGAAAACAACCAAGAUGUGGUUUUGGAGCAGAGCACAGAAGUUGGCAAAAGCAAGCCUCCUGGCCGCCCACAUCGCAGCCCCAAGAGAAUGGGGGUUCAUCACCUCCAUCGGAAAGAUAGUCUGACACAGGCUCAGGAGCAAGGCAACUUGCUCAAUUGAGGGUAAGGAGGAAGAAUGGCCUAGGCUGCCCUGGUGCAAUAUUGCCUCCAGUGUUGUUCUCAAGGGCUCCACGUCUAGUUCUGAGAUCCAAAGGAUGACCACCAUGGCACUCCUUGCUAGGAAUUCCAGGCCAUUUUUAUAUAUUGUUGUAUUUUUAUUACACGUGAAGAGUGAGAACAGCUCUUUUGCAGCACCUGAACAAAACACUUGGAUGUACACCAGCACACCAUUUCUGUGCUUGUGUCUUCACAGCUCCGUUUGCACUCAUUCUCCUUUCAAUUCAGUUCUGCCUUCACACUCUUGUUCCUUCUAGCUAAUGCUAAAUCAUAUUUUUGAUUUCAAGUUAUGCCCUGGGACACCUCAAGCCUGUAUUCCUACUUUUUCAGUUUGUGCCAAGACACAGGAACAUUUUCUCCCUAUUUUUCUCAUCUGAACCCUAUACCAACCUGCCAUGACAAGGCCAUGAAUGAGGUAUGAAGGCUUCCAUGGGUGGGUGUCCUCAACUGUCCAAGCUUUAUUGCUUCUGUUUUGCUGCAUUUGUUUUAGUUUCUGCUAUUGUGUAUAUAUGCAUAGGUGUGAACAAGUUGGACAGUACUCAAGAGAUCACACCUGUGUGUUCCCUUGCCCUCUAAGUGAUGAUCAAGUCAUGCUACUGGUUGGGAUGAACUUCAGACUCUGAAAUCUAGGUUUUGUCCUCCCAAGCUGGGAUUCAGAGCUUCUAGUCAAUCAGCAAACUUAAGUGGUCUGUUUGCCAUGGUGGGCUAGGUUAUGCGUUUGUCUUCGUAUAACUGUCAUGUCAACUCUCACUUAGUUUUUAUUUCAUUUGGAUGUCAUAUUCUUUGUAUAUUCUUUCAGGUCUUGAGUUUUUAAAAUGUGGUCUGUCCUUUUGUAAAUGAGCAACCAUCUUGCAGUACCUUCUGUACAAGAAGUGACUCAUUUUACUCGUUGUUGGUGUUGCCCUAUAUCAAAUCCAAUGUUUCUUGACCAGCAGAAGAAAAUAUUCUUCUUGAUCAGGCCUAGAGAGUGCAGUCACUUUACCUCUUGAUGACUGCCUUUGGCAUAGAAGAUGCCUGACUUUGUUUGAACACCCUCCUCAUCUUCAUAGCCAACUAAUGACAGUGGGCAUCCCUGUUUGGAUAGGGCUCCAUAUUAAAAUUAGUGCCUUUCCAAGGCCUUUUCCGAGGCCUGAUAUUUACCCUUCCCGUCUAGUUUGUCUCUUCAGAAGUGUUUUCUGUAUUUUUAUUUUAAUUGUAGUGUUUGUGUUCUUUGUGUAUGUGCAUGUUGCUUGGGGGAUGGAUUAGGAAAAACUCACAGUGUUAAUAAUUAUUCAGAGGGAUAAAGCUCAAUUAAUUUUGCGAAAUGUCUGCUGGGCUCAGUUAUAUUGUUGGAUGCCUUUGUCUGAAUGAAGUCUGUGUGAUUUUCCACAGGAGACUUACCCCUUGAAGCCUUUCUCCUCAGCACAGGAAGUGUUCUCCCCUGGAAACACCAGCAAAGCAGUCCAAAAGCUGCCAGUAAAAUCCCACUCACAACCCUGCAAGGCCUCUCCCCUUACUUUUUCUGCACUCAUUGAAUGGAUGGCAUAGCCUAUGUUGCAUACAUCUCUGCCUGUAAUGUACUGUGCUUGUGCAGUUCCUCUGUCGUCUCCCACUUUAGCCAGGGUCUGCUGUGCAUAGCCUUGGACAGUUUAGCCAUAGCCAAUUAUAGAUGUGGCCUUGUUUAAAUGCUUGUUUACCUGGCCACUCCUUUCGUUAAGCUGCUAGGUACUGGAUCUUGGUGUUGGGAUGCGAUUCCGUAUUUUUCAUUCAGCAAAGCUAAUAAAUUGGUGCUAAAUAUGGACACUUUUCCUUUAUCCUAUAACACAUCAUGCCCCUUGAAGCAAUGCUCCCCAAAGAAAUGGCCCAGGCUGCUGCUUCCACAGUCAAUAUCCAGGAAACUAUGUGAAUAUGGAAAACGGAAAAAUUAUUUUAGUGAUUUCUGGAACUUUAGAGUGGGGGGUGCUGGUCUAUCACAUCAGAUAGUUUGAGAGGCACUGAUUAAAAGUCUUUGGCAGUUCACUGCUCUGUUCACCCACUUUUUAAAAAUCUUUCUUUGCUCUGAACUCGUUUCUUCCUGUUGGAGCCUUAUAGUAUUCUCCCUUUCUACCUUCAAGAACUAUUGGGGAUACAAAGUCUUCAGCAAUGAUCGGUGGCCUCUCAUAUAUUGGCAGUAUUAGACAGUUACAAUGUUGGUUGAAAUCGAUGUUUUAAUCAUGUUGGGUUAAAGGCUGGGGAGGAAGACAGGCGACUCUUCUUGAGUGCAACCAAGCAGUGCUGCUUAACAUGAAACUACAUGGCAGUGAAUCUUGACAGAACUGAGGGGCUGAGGCACUAGUACAAGACCAGCCUUCCUCCCAGAUCUUUGUGUGGACCUGCCUCUUCACCCUUGGCAUCUUGCUCAUCUCUGGCAGUAUUAAUUCUCUUGGGGAGUAUGAGUUGCCUUCUUUAGUUGCCCCACAUUUUUACAGUUUCCCACCUCAAGACUGUUAAUCCCAGACUAAUGUUUUUUUCUGAGAUUUUGACACUGAUGAUGUAUAUUUUAAAAUCAGAAAUAAACUAUUUUAAAAGUA